UUGGUGCCAUUUCACCUGAUGACGAGCCAACAGAACGGGCUACAGUUUCAGCACCCAACCUAUUUUGGUCGUAUGCUGUAAUCCUAGCAGGCUAAAAAGGGGGGCCUCAACACAUCACCAAAGAUGUAUGGAGUUGAUGGAGGAUGAUCAUGUGUGCGUCCGUACCUCUGAGCAGCGGCGGCGGCGGCGGCGGCGGCGGCACCCUCCCUCCCUCCCUCCGCUCCGCGCGCACUCCGGAGUUGAGGAUGAAGACGCAGAACAUCAGGACCCUCUCUCUCAUCCUCUCCAUUGUUUUCUACCUGCUCAUAGGGGCCGUCGUCUUUGACGCACUGGAGUCGGACAGCGAGAAUUCAAGGGAAAGGGCGCUGGAGCAGAAGCUGAACGAGCUGAAGAACAAGUACGACUUCACCGACGAUGACUACAGAGAGAUUGAGCGCGUGGUCCUCCAGUCGGAGCCGCACCGCGCCGGGAGUCAGUGGAAGUUCGCCGGCUCUUUUUAUUUCGCCAUCACUGUUAUCACCACAAUUGGUUAUGGCCACGCUGCUCCACGCACUGAUGCUGGCAAGGCCUUCUGUAUGUUUUACGCUGUGUUGGGCAUUCCUCUGACACUGGUAAUGUUCCAGAGCCUGGGCGAGAGGAUCAACACUUUUGUCCGCUGCCUCCUGCGCAGAGCCAAGCAGGGCCUGGGUUUACGGAAGACGGAGGUGUCCAUGUGGAACAUGGUGCUGGUGGGUCUGCUGUCGUGCACGAGCACCCUGUGUAUCGGAGCUGCAGCUUUCUCCCAUUUUGAGGACUGGACCUUCUUUAAUGCCUACUACUACUGCUUCAUCACGCUCACCACCAUUGGAUUUGGGGAUUUUGUGGCUCUGCAGAAGACAGACGCUCUGCAGAAACGGCCCCCCUACGUGGCAUUUAGCUUCAUGUACAUUUUGGUUGGGCUGACAGUCAUCGGGGCUUUUCUUAACCUGGUGGUCCUGAGGUUUCUCACUGUCAGCACUGAGGAGCCUGACUUGAGGCCUGAGGCCAGGGUAGAGGAGCUGGGAACGCAGCCUAAGGACACGCAGGGGGAUAGGGAGGUGUCGGAGGCAGAAGCAGAAAGUGCUGAUGAUAGCUUUAAAGAGCGCAGAGAUGGACACAGCAGCCUGUGCAACCUGAGCCUUCCCAUGGAGGGGGGCACCAGCUGUAUGGAUCUCCUCCCCUCUCCUGUAGAGGAGCGCAGACUUGUGUUAUCUGAGCACUCAAAGCUUUCCGAACCCAGCAGACUCAGGGCCUUGUUUUCCUGCAUGUGUUGUGGCCUGGACAUUUACGACAGCUCCUCUCUGCCUCACCGUGACCAGGCGGGCGGCCACAGCAACCCCGUCUUUUACAACUCCAUCUCCUACAGGGUGGACCAGGCCUCGUGCAGCUCCUGCCCCGUGUCGUCACAGGCCUCCCCCAGCAGCAUAGCUCUCUGUCUGGGCAAGAACAAUUCUCACACCAGGAGGAAGUCGUUAUAACUCUCUGCACCUUUGACCUAGUGGCCUUUGUUUUGGACUUUUUGUACACACCACAGAACCCUCUGAUUUUCCUCUUGGUGGAACAAACUGCUCAGUGCUUUCCUUGUCAUGAAUGUAGCAAUACUUGCUACUGGAAAACAUUGUAGCAUACCAUAAGCAUCCUUUACAGUUUAUAAUGUAUUUUUCUACAAUAAAUAUUACCGCUAAAGAGAA